GCCACGUGGUGAGAUCUGGAGGGGGUUACAAGCAAGUCGAGCGUGGCGGGGAACCUGGUCUUUAGGUGAAUGCGUCCACCGAUUACAGCCGGUUAAGACAGAGGAUAUUACCGACAGGUCCGGUGGAAAAGGUCAAUAUAGGCUAAAAAGGGUUUAAGCAAAAAACGUGGUCGUCUUUCACAAGGGUUUUUGUUUUUUGGGCGUUUCGCAGAGAGAGAGAGAGAGAAAUAGAAAAAGAAAAGAGAUUGAUUUUGCUUGUGGUGAGAGAAGAUCGCAUCGUGUGGGUAGCGUUUCAAACAAGUAAAAAAAAAAAAAAAAAAAGUUUCCGUCACUUUCUCGGGGAAACGCAUGUGUUAAGAAGGACAAUUUGUGAGGAGGGGUUUUGGUGUGAGUCCAUUUUUUUUGCGUUUGUCUUUUUUUUUUCCUUUUCCUUUCCGAUCUCGCAAUUGCCGGUUUAUUCGCCGGAAAAUUGACCUUAAUUUCGUUCUUUUUGAGGGAUAAUCGUCUAGAAACUUGAAGAUUGGGGUUAUAAAAGCUUACGAAUUACUUUAAGCCAUUAUCGUGUUAUGCAUUCUGAGAAAUGGUGUCGCAUAAGUGUGUAGACGAAUUUGGAUACAAAGGCUACCUGUUACCUGCCAAUGCAAGAGCACCCAGAUCAGCGCGAAAGAGGCGCAGCUUUGAGAAGGAGAUAAGUGAAGAUGAUCAUCAAAUGUGUGCCAUUGAUUUAUUAGCCACCGUAGCUGAAAACGUGCUGUUUGGGAACGAGAGUUCCCUCAUGUCUAUCGACAAUGGGAUUGAAAGUAACUGCGUGGUUUCACGGAUCAGCGUAAAAGAGGAGUUCCCGGUGGAGGAAGAAGAACCCGUAAAGCCGGUAACUUCAAUGAGCCCUUGCGGAUUCAGUUCCGUGAUUAAUGCCAAAGCAGAGAACGAGGCAGAUGGUUUUAGUAACUCUGGUGCUGGUGAUUCUUGUCAAGUCGGGAGCUUUGGUGAGGAUGUUAAACCUGGUGUAGACGGCGGUGAAGUAGUUCUGGAUGCGAGACCUGAUGUUGUAGUUAGUUUAGGUAGUAGUAGUAGAACCAAAGUGCCUCCAAUGGGGAACGGUGCUAUGGAUGAUGUAAAUUUGUUUAGUAGAGAUGAUGACGAAAACUUUUCUGGGUAUAUUUGCCCUCGUGUGACCAAAAAGCCACCUAGGUCUGUGCCGCGUAUUGGUGACAGAAGAAUCAGGAAGAUAUUGGCUUCUAGACACUGGAAAGGAGGUUCAAGGCAUUCAGAUGCGAAGUCGUGGAGAAAUUAUCACUUGCACCAUCAGAGGAGCUAUCCUAUUAAGAAAAGGAGACACUUUGAUCACAUUUCUGAUUCUUUCUCUGAUGAUUAUCGUCUGCGUACUAAGAUGCAAAGAGGCAGCAGAACCAUCUCUUCGAUGAAGGGUCAAGGCGCAACAUUUGUGUCAAGCGACUCUCAUGUGAGACUGCGGAUCAAGUCAUUCAGGGUGCCCGAGCUUUUUGUAGAGAUUCCAGAAACUGCUACUGUUGGCUCCUUGAAGAGAAUGGUGAUGGAAGCAGUGAGCAGUUUAUUGAGUGAUGGACACCGAGUUGGUCUGAUGGUUCAAGGGAAGAAAGUCCGAGAUGAUAACAAAACCCUUCAUCAGACUGGGAUCUCUCAGGAUAACGACCACUUGGACUCUCUUGAUUUCAGCCUUGAACCCAGCUCAGAAAAGCCUCAACUGUUAUCUAGUAACCCGGCGGGACAUGUCUGCGAGGAACUGCCUAUGUGCCAUGCUUCUGACAUGGUCACCGUGUUCAAAUCUGAGCAUGAUUCAGCACUGUACCCAUCUGACUCAUUUGGCAUGAAAACCGCAACAGAUGAUUCUAAAGUUCUGGUUCCUGUCGGUCUCACUGAUCUGUCUCCUCGACCGCCUUGUCGUAAAUCUAAAAGGAGUGAGCAGCAGCAACAGACUGCACAACGUAGAAUGCGUCGACCUUUCUCAGUUGCUGAAGUAGAAGCACUUGUUCAAGCAGUUGAGAAACUCGGUACUGGAAGGUGGCGAGAUGUUAAGCUUCGUGCUUUCGAAGAUGCAGAUCACCGCACAUACGUUGAUCUCAAGGACAAGUGGAAAACGCUGGUCCACACGGCGAAGAUAUCGCCACAACAGAGGAGAGGAGAGCCAGUGCCGCAGGAACUUCUAAACCGGGUCUUGAACGCUCACGGCUACUGGUUACAGCAACACAUGCAGCUGCUAGAGAGUACGAACAGUAAGCUGCAGCAAGAGACAUUGCCUCAGGCAGAGGCUCUGCUGCUUCUCUAAUCAAGUCCUCUCUCCUUUGUGUAUUAUUAUCGAUGAUAUGUAAGUUUCUGACAUAGAUGCAGAGAUUUGGUCUUUGACUUGUUUCUUGGUUUUUUUUUUACUUUCUCAAUGUAAAGUUAAUAAGGUUGUUCUUCACCAGUUUAGAGAUUUUAGAGGAUUUUUUAUGUACAUCUUUUGUCACAUUUUUAGUAUAUCUACUACAAUUUCUUUCCAGACUUUUUUUCUUUGUUCUUCAAUAUAUUAUACUCUGUGUGAAGGAAUAUAGUUCUGCAC